AUGUCUUCCAACGGUGAUGGAUCCAAAUAUGUUUCUCCAAAGAAAACUCGUCAUCAAGUCACACGGUCGGUAUCUGAGAUAUCAUCUCCUCCCCUGAAACCUCACCGAUCUCAUCACCACCACCACCACCACCAUCAUCACCAUCCGCACAUACAUCGUCGAGACAAAGACGAGAAAUCGUCUCAAUCUACUUUGCAGAGAGUUUUCAGUCCAUCUGGAGAAUCAAAAAGUGAGGGAGUUUCACCUGAUGGGAGCCGGAAUGGAAGUCGAAGGGCUAGUAUCUUGGGUUCUACUGUAGAUGGCUUCGAUUUAUUCAAGAACAAUGAGAGAAGGCCUCUAAGGGAAGGCGAACUCGAAGCUGAAAAACAGAAGGGCGCCAUGAUGGCUACGGAGCUGCGAAAUACCUUAACGGAUGUGAACGUUGUGGCGGACAAUACUUCCCGACAUUUAGAUGCAACAUACUAUUCCGUCUUGGAGAAAUUAGGAGAUCUUCACAAGACAAUCGGAUCCCUCAAAGAGUUGGCAGUCAUGACUAGACAGUUGAAUGAGGAUUUUAGGACAGAGGGAGAAGAGCUUGUCCAAGAAAGUCGAGCACAACUAGAAGGAUUUGAAGAAUUCGAAGCACAGGAACAAAAGAUCAUAGCAUUGGAGAAACGUGUCAAGGAAGGACGAAAUACGGUCAACACUUUAAGUGGACGGGUAGACGUUGUGAGGAAGCGCGUCAAGGGCUGGGAACAAGCAGAGGGGGAAUGGCAAGACAAAACACGAAAGCGACUAAAGAUGAUGUGGAUUCUGAUGUCGAUCUGCGCAACCAUUUUACUAUCCAUCGUCAUUUUGGCAUAUAUUCCCUCAAAAGAGCAAGGUCAUGGCGCUGUAAGAUUCAACAUCUCUAAUCCGACCGCGCUGAGAGAGUUGGAAAAGGCCCAAAAUGAGACCAGAAAUAUGCUGAAGCCUACUCUCGAUAUAUUGGAAAGUUCAACGCCUGGAAGUGAAGUCAACAAGGAAGCAGAGAAGUUGACAGAGGACCCGAGACUUAAAGUACUCGAUGAGUUAUAAUCUAUUGGCACGAAAAUGUAUGCACCGGGCUUACAUCUCUCAGCCCAAGUGUAAUUGUGAAUAGUACCACUUUUCCAAGUAUACUACGCCUUACGGGACCCCCAAAAUCAGUGGGUCGACGGUCCCAUAACUUAUAAUAUUGACAUGCCGAGCCAGCGGAUGCUGGUACACAUCAAAACUAGCAUGGCAAUCUAUGUAAUCUUACCGUCCAUCUUCUUAUUAGCACUGUUGAAUAUUACAUAUCAUUCAAAUUAAUCGUACCGGUACGCAAAUACGAGAGACACUCAUAUGUAAUCAUAGGCAGUUUUGAGGAUUCACGUCUAUAGAAAGGUACUAGGUAGAUGGAUAGACGGGCGAAUGCCGAGAUGAUUAUACAGGGUUCAUGUCCAAUGAUAUAUAUGAUAAAACGCUUUACAUUUAACCAACCUUGGAAUCUAUCUUACCCUUUGGAUUCUUUGGACUCUACUCGUAUGGAUCCUAUGGAUUCUAGAAUGGUGGCAUGGUGCCGUGGGCCGUGGACCAUGGACCGUGGACCGUGGACCGUGGACCGGCACACAAUACAUCCAUAUCAGUCGUCAUUUCCCUCAGCCACCCAUCCAAUAU